AUGCCAUCCUCCCUCGACGGUGAGCCUCGCCGCCGCCGGAGACACGACCAUGAUCGCGACCGCGACUCGACCAGCUCACGAGACAAGCCGCACCGAUCAUCGCAUAAGUCUGCCAGUUCCAGCAAGCUUCCUUUGCACAAGCGAAAGUCUGCCAGCCGUGAGCGGGAACGCGAGCGGGACUCGCCCAGGGCGUCCGCCUCGCCCAUCAAGACCAAGACCUCUUCUAUCGUCGUCCCUGAAAUGGAGAGGCGCGGUAGCGGCGAGGUGCGGCCAACUACAUCGUACCCCUCCUUCAGCAAGGCCCACAGCCGCGAGGCCGUAGGCAGCAGAGAGGACAUCGCGGCGAAGACGCUCUUCACGCCAGAUGCGACGGACAUUAGCAAUGACGGCGCGAAGAGGAGGAACUCGUCGCCGGCGAAGCCUGGUGCGCCGACGAGGGCCCCGCCCAGCCCUCCUCUUACCGCUGAAGAUCCGGACAUUAGGAGGUCGGGCAGCUCGAGGAGUAUGAGAGAGGCUGCAGAAGACGUCAAAGUCAAGAUGGAGAGUGGGAGGAGAAGUACAGACAGCCCUCGAAAACACGGCAUGAAGGCGGCCAAAUCAGGGACGAGCCUGCGGAAAGAGGCACGGUUCGAUGCAUCCGAUGUCUCGAGUAUGCCAGGUGCAUUCCCAGAGGACGAGGGCAAAUCUACACCAAAUAGCAGCUACAGGCGCACAGCGUCGACAGCGUCACAACCUCCGUCUACCCUGACCGAAGACACGACUGACUCCGAUGCCACCUCCAUUGCACCAGAGCGAAAGCCCCAUAAGCGGCCAAACACGACCCCUCCAGAUGAAAAGUCGCCUUCGAAAGGGACAGAAUCUCGGCCAAAGACGCCAGCACAAGAUGAAGUGCCGAUACCACCUCAAGCACGCGCCACGCCAAUCAUCGACGUUGGCAUUGCCAACAAGACCAACCUACAGCCCAUGAACACGCCCAUGACAGCUAAACAAGUCCCACCACCGCCACCGCCUCCUCCCAUGACCGAACCGAAAGAAGCGCCAAGAGUCGACUAUCUCCUCAAGAACGGUGGACUGCCUACCCCAGUGCCAAAGAGACUUGUCCAGCCGCCAACACCGAUACAAGCCUACAGCGUAUAUCAGUCACCUGCGUUGACGCAGGCAGCUCCAUUGGAGGAGUACGCCAAGAUCUUUGGUACUGUUCACAAACGAUUGGACGACUACAUCCAGGUCUUGAAGAGCAAUGGGUCUUUAGCAGUCGCAACGGGUUACAAAUCGGUUGCUCGGCGAUUGCUGGAUAAAUUGUCCCAGGUCUUUGCUCGAGACAUUUCGUCUCAGCGAUGCGACUGUGUGGUGUGCAAGACUACGCCACAGCCGCGUCUGUCAGACGAGGAAGAGAAUGGUGUUAGCUGGGGAGAGAUCCUGGAAUUCGUAGCUGGGCGCCGCGAGCUGCCUCAAUGGCCGCCAUUCACCAUUCAGCCAGAUGAUAGCGGACUUGGGAUUUCAGGUACCACCCAAGCACCAAUGCAGAAGCUGGACAUCGAUGUGCCUGAAGAAUACAGGGAUCAUUACAUUCGGCAAAACCAGAAGACGAAACGUGCUGUGCAGAGCUGGCUUGCACAACAGCCUGAAGUACCUUCAGCUCCGCCAGAGGAAGCGGACGAGGAUACACUAAUGUUUGCAAUGAUGACAAAACUGACCGUCCAGCAGCGCAACCUCUUCAUCGCGCUCAUGCACGGUCAGAACUUUGUGUCCGAAGUCAGGGCGCCUACCCCAGCAGAGCGACCUUCGACUUCUUCGAAUGCAUUGAGACGAGCGAAGAAAGCUCUGCAGCGGCUUUACCGUCUUGAACGGGCCCCACGAGACUGUGAAGCGGCGAUGUACCUUCUCAACAACCCGCACCUACACGGGAUGCUUGCCACAUUGGCGGAGGUGAACGAGGCCGAGUGGGAGAUCCUCACCUCGGGCAGGUUUGAUGGCUUCUUGUGGUCAGGGGCAGAGGCGGCGUUCCCUCCAUCUGCUUCACAUUUCGCCUCCAUGGCAUCCCGCGGGCCAUCCCGUGGGCCCAACGCCACACCAUUUUCACGAAACACAACACCUUUCAGCGGAAUGAGCGCUAUUCCAUCUCGGCAUGGGACUCCUUUCAGUCCAGACCUUGGCCAACCGCCGUCGAUGUUCCCUUCUCGAGGUCCAACGCCGGGCUUGAACGGGUUGGGGGUUACAGCGCCAGGGCCUGUACAACUGGACGAAGACACCGAAAUAGCAGUUGCUGCCGAGCUGGAACGCAACCUCUUCUUGGACAUGGAGCGUCUGGAAGAUGCGUUUGAGAUCUUGCAUGGCCGCGCAGAGCUGGUGCGACAGAUGCUGCGCGAACGUUCAGCAGGUCUAUCUGCUCAAGCCCAACUGCGGCGUGGAAGCGGCGCGGCGGAUCCCGUCGGCGUACGACUAGACACGCCUGCCAGUGGUGUCACCGACUUCGAAGAGGAAGACGAUGAUGGGUUGGCGGAUCUUGCCAGUCUGGCGCCUGAUGACAGCGCCUCGCAGAUCAGCGUGAACCGAAGACAUCGACACAGGCGUGAGCGCAAGACGCCCAACCCUGAGCCAGUUCCAGAGGAGGACGAGAGCGUCUUCGAAGAACAUGAGAGGACACGGAGAGAGCGUAAUGGACGACGAUCGAAGUACUGA